CUGUGCCUGGGCAGCAGCUGCACCCACUGGGUGUCGCUUUAAGGGUACUCCUGGCUCAGAGCCCUGACCCGCCUCUGCUCAGCGUCACGCAUCUCUUCCUGCUCUGCAGGCCGCUUCCCACCUUCCUGCUCAUUUCCCCAUCCCCAGCUCAGCAUGGCCUCUCCCAUCUCGCAGAAGCUGGAGGACAAACUGCAAUGCUCCAUUUGCCUGGAGCUCUUCAGGGUGCCCGUCACCUUACCCUGCGGGCACAACUUCUGCGAGCGCUGCAUCGACAACCACAGGAACAGACAGGAGCAGACGGCCAACGGGGCCGGGGGGGGCUACACGUGUCCCGAGUGCCGCUACAUCUGCGAGAGGCACCUGGAGCUGAAGAAGAACGUGACGCUGAGCGACGUGGUGGAGCUGGCACGGGCGGGCAGGGGGCGGGUGGAGGGCUGUGAGGUGAGGCACGUUGGGCUGUGCCCGCUGCAUGGGCGCCCGCUGGAGCUGUACUGCGAGGAUGAGCAGCGCUGCAUCUGCUGCGUCUGCAGCAUGCGGCAGUGCCAGCGGCACCGCAAGGCUCUGUUCGAAGAGGAGCACGCCAAGAAGCAGGCUCUGCUGGAAAGGUCCCUGGAAGAAGCCCAGAGAGAAACAGAGAGGAUGGAGCAGGCGCUGCGGGAGCUGGAGGAACGGACACAGAGCAUCAAGGACUCCUCCGAGAGGCUCCGAGCUGUGAUCCUGAGCAAAUUCACCCAUCUGGAAGAAGCGCUGGCCAAGUUCCGGGAGCAGAUGGUGGCCAAGGUGGAGCAGGAGGAGCUGGUGGCUCUGGGACACAUAGAAAAGGACUGGAACAUGUUGAAGGAUCAUCUGGAGGCCCUUGGGCAGCACCGGGACCGGGCACAGUGCCUGCUGAACUGCACUGACCACCAGGCCUUUCUCGAGGAGUUCCCGCAGCUCCUGACCCCGCAGAGCAUAGAGGUGCCACCGUUGGUAGAGUUUAACGUGGCUGUUGUGGUGGAACCCAUGAGUGAGAUCCUCUCUGCUGCCUCCAGGCUGCUGCUGGAGGAGCUGCCCGCCUCACUGGGCCCCACUGCCCCUGAAGCCCCCGACCCCAUUGCCCCAGGCCUGGGGCAGCCUGAGGAGACGGUGGUGAAGUUGGUGUCUACCCCUGUCCCCACGUGCCAGCUGCGUGCCGAGCUGCUGAAGGAUCACCGAAACCUCACCUUCGAUCCCGACACGGCCAACAAGUACCUGGAGCUGUCGUGGGGUCAGCGCAGAGCCAAGCACGGCCCCAGUGCUGCUGUUGGUUGGCAGGAACGCAGCCGCCGCUUUGAGCCCUGGCAGGUGCUGUGUGUGCAGAGCUACGAGCAGGGCCGCCACUACUGGGAGGUGACCAUCUCCAGCCACUCCGUCGUGCUGGGGGUGACGUACAGUGAGAUUCCCCGGCACAAAGUGAUGGGCUGCAAGUUCAACAUCGGGUUGGACAACGGCUCGUGGGGGCUGCAGGUACGGGAGGACAGCUACCUCGCCCGGCACAAUGGGGAGGCGGAGAAAAUCCAGCUGCGGCUCUACACCGAGCUGGGGAUCUGCCUGGAUUAUGACCAAGGGCUGCUCUCCUUCUACGGCCUCGGGGAAAGGGUGCAGCUCAUCCACUCCUUCCACGCUUUCUUCACGAAGCCGCUGUUCCCGGUGUUCUGGCUGUGCGAGGGCCGCACCGUUACGUUGUGCCAUAGGGACUGCGGGGAGCCUGAAGGAGAGCUGGGGCAGUGACAGGUCGGGUAGGGAAAAAGACACACAGGGAAUGGUGAUGCUCCUGCAGCGGGGAUGAAGACCCCAGUCGUUGUGUGUGUGGUGUGCGCUCCCACGCAGAUGGGAUGCAGAGAUGUAAUUCCUUUUGCCCUGGGGAGAACUGAGGUUUGAGGAGCCCAGGAAAAGGUGUGGGGGCUGCAGGCAGGUCCUGUGCUCCCAGCCAUCCCCGUCCCCUCACACUGCUUUUGGAGGUGGCAGAGCCGCCUCUUGGGGUGCCACGUUUCUCGCUGCAAGAAGCUGCUUUCUCCAAUAAAGUUCUGAUUUCCUGCUGGUGUGACCUCAGUGCCGGUGGGGCUGA